AUGUCUUUUCCCUUCCAGGUAGUCGAGCACAUAGUCCCCGGCCAACACAUUAGAGAAUACCCGCACAGUACCAAGGGCAAACAAGAGACGCCCCUCCAGCUCGCCAUAAAACAGUAUAUCCCUCUCGACCGCCCUACUCCAGUCCCAGAUAACGCAAUCACCAUCAUCGGGUCUCCGGGAAAUGGAACCCCGAAGGAAACCUAUGAGCCUCUCUGGGAGGACCUAUACGGUGAACUGAAGCGCAAAGAGAUUCCUCUGCGUGGAAUCUGGAUAGCCGAUAUCUCAAACCAAGGAGCAAGCGGAGUUCUCAAUGAGCAUAUCCAGGGCGAUCAAACAAACUGGUACGACCACUCCCGGGACCUCCUCCACAUGAUCAACUAUUUUCGCGAUGAGAUCCCUCGUCCUAUAAUUGGUGUUGCCCAUAGCAUGGGUUGUGCCCAGCUCGUAAAUCUUUCUAUAAUCCAUCCACGCCUCCUAUCAACUCUUAUACUCUUCGAUCCUGUCAUUAUCGAGGCCUCCUUUGGAGGACCCAACCCGGGCUUCCCAUCCAGUCGUCGCCGGGAUCUCUGGCCCAGUGUCGAACAGGCCAAAGCUUCUUUAUCAAACGGCCUAAGUAAAUGGGAUCCUCGUGCGCGCGAAAGGUACCUUGAAUAUGGGCUGCGAAAGGUGCCCACUGCUCUUUAUGAUGCUUCAGACCCCAAUGUCGGCCCGCAGGCCGUGACAUUAACCACAACAAAACAUCAAGAGUCAUGGAGCUUUUCUACGCCGAAUCUCGAGCCCGAAGCCUUGGAUAGAUUAUUGCUACCCGAUUGGCAUGCGGAGAAGGAACGGCCAUAUCUCUAUUCCCGACCGGAGUGCUGGUCGGCUUUGAGGAACCUACCAUUCCUGAGGUCAAGUGUGUUGUGGGUUUUCGGUGGGAAAAGUUUUCUGUCUUUGCCUGACGCCCAGGAAUCAAAGAUGCGGCAUACGGGGACCGGCGUGGGCGGCAGUGGUGGCGCUCAGGCUGGGAUGGUGGAAAAGGCCGUCCUGAAGGAUGGAUCGCACACGCUUGUUUUUGAGAACGUCGAAUGGUGUGCAGAGACUGCGGCUGGAUGGGUUCAGAAAUGGUUUGAUGGGUGGUUGGCGGACGAGAAGUUUUGGACAGAGUAUCGGAGUCGACACUCGGAUGAGGAUAUGCUGAGGAUGUCCAAGGAGGCGAGCAUGGUUGCGAAGAUGCCAGUUGGGACGAAGAGAGGAGACUUUCCAAGG